CGUCUUCACAGCUGGAGAACCAGCCGGCUCGUCGUAACGCCACGAAACCACACGAAACAAGUGUUUUUUAAACGAGGAAACUCGCCAUUUGUGUUCGUUUUAAGCAUUUUAAAGGGAUUCGAGGCGUGGGUGGUUAGGUACCGUGUUUUUUCCUCUGUAUUUGGUCGCUGGAGGAGGGGUUCGGUGAGGCUUGCCAAGCUAGCGAGCGACAUUACGCAGAGACUGGCUUAACUAGUUUAAAUGAUGGUUAAAGUGGAUAAAGUUGUCUUAAACUCAAUUCGGGGAUAAACAACAACAGGUGAAACAACUCUGUGUAACAAGAAAAGCGAUGUUCUYGCUAAAAAUCCUAAUAUCUCCUGUCUCACAGUGUACUACUUGUACCAAAUGUUAGCAUCUGUGCUAGCUUAGCCAUAGUCCGUGGAUGUGAAGAAAGCGUUCCCGAGUCUCAAAAGCUGCUGCUGCUGUGAAAGGAAACGAGAAAAAAAAAAAAAAAAAAAAAAAAAAAAAUCAGAGGAAAUCCCCCAAAAGGAAAUGCCAAUCGCAGCCGCUGGACAACCAACGACCCAGGAGCCCAGAGUUUGCCCCCGGCUGCCCUCCACCCCGGAUCCUGUCCCUAAAGGGGCUGAUUUAUUCGACGAGGCAGGGGCGGAGGCAGGGGCGACGGUGCGUUCAGAGUACGGAGGCGCAGAGGGGGGCAGAGGACUGGGGGGCUACAGUUUCAGCCAAAGCGGGGUGAGGAGCUUUGCAGAACCGCUAAGGUCGACCAACGGCUCUCCGCCACAGUCCCCGGCCGCAACCUCUUCAUUUUUCCUCCAUCUCCCCCACCAAAUGACCAUGGAGCCCCCUAGGACUCGAUCGCGCUCUCGCUCCGGAUACUACCAGCAGUAUGGUGUUGGGAAUAACAGCGGAGUGUCAAAUCACCUCCAGCAGCAGCAGCAGCUCCAUCCCCAGCAGCAGCAGCAGCACGGUGCCGGGUGCGCACCACUCGCAGCUCACAGCAAUCACUCCGAGAACCAGCAGCGACCACCAGGAAGCACCGUCCCCCCCAGCAUUCAGAGGUUCCCCUCUGUUCCUGGAGUGCAUCACAUCCCAGUGGCAGGGGCCUCUGGUGGAGCAUAUCACUGCCAUCCUGACCAUGCAUAUGGAGAGGAGAGUGAUAAGAGCGAGGAAAGCCCCAGUCCAAAGCGCCAGAGGCUGUCCAGUCAGCCCGUCUUAGAACAGUUGACCUCAUCUGCACCCCCACCAUCCACCCCGUCUCCCCCCAUCCGGCCUUGGGAGUCGGGGCCCCCGAGUCGCCGACAGCCUCACCCUCACCCGCUGUAUCACCAGGAGAGGUGCCUGACUCCUGCACGGCUCAGACGAAGCCCGCCAGCGAGGCGUCAGCGUGGCCGUCUCUCCAGACCUCUCCGUCACCUGCCUCCACAUCACCACGCUUCUGCUCAAGGCCCUACAGCUCGCCUGUCACCAUCCGAGCUUCAGGAUGAAAACUACCACCACAGCUCUCACCCCUCCACACAACAGACGUACACGUCGCACGCUCCGAGCAACUAUGCUCAGCCCCCUGCGGUCGGUGGUGGGGGUUCGGACGAGCCCCGAGCCUUUCACCCCCCGACUUUGUCGCCUCAAGUACUGCACCCGGCUGCUCACCACCACCCACAUCAUCAUCAUCAUCAUCACUCCCACCAGCAGCAGCACCAUGCAACGCAACAGCAAGGGGCGAUGGUGAUGGACCUUCACGAGCGGCUGCAGCAGAGCAGUGUUCCAGUCUCCUACACGGUGACCCCAGUCCCUCCACACGGCCUCGCAGCGCCUUUGUGUGGCGGUCAGCAUCUUCCCCCUUCCUGCUCCUCACAGCCACAAGUCCCCGCCUGCAGCGUGGUCUUCAGCACUGGACAACACUACCAUCCGAUGUUGCAGGCGUGUUCCAUGCAUCAUUUGCCGGUUCCCUACACCUUUCCAUCUCUACUGUCUAGUGACCCUCAGUUCCUGAUAACUCCUUCACCUCAUCUGUCUCACCACCCGCCCCACCUCCCAACACACGCACAGUUCCUGCCUUUCCAGACGCAACCGGCACGAUCGCCCUUACAAAGGAUUGAAAAUGAGGUUGAUAUUGUGGGGGAGCAGCUUCCUGUUGCUGGAAGCUUCAGCUACGCCCAUCAUCACCAUCACCACCAUCACCAGCCUCCCACCACGCUGCCGCCCUCUACUCCGCUCCAGUUCCUGUCACACCAUGACCCCCUGUCACAAGAGCUCUUUACAGUGCCAUAUCCCCACUUCAUGCCUCGUCGCUUCACGAGCCGACGUUACCGCUCCCAACAGGCUGUGCCCCCCUCUCCCUAUCACCCCAGCUUCCUGCCUUACUUCUUGUCUAUGCUUCCUGUGCCCCCAAAUGUGGCUCCUGCUAUCAGUCUGGAACUGGAUGUGGAUGAUGGCGAGGUAGAGAACUACGAGGCCCUGUUGAACCUCGCUGAGCGUUUGGGAGAGGCCAAGCCCCGCGGUCUCACCAAGGCCGAUAUCGAACAGCUUCCGUCGUACAGGUUCAACCCCAACAACCAUCAGUCAGAGCAAACACUGUGUGUGGUGUGUAUGUGCGACUUUGAGUCUCGCCAGCUUCUUCGGGUGUUGCCCUGUAAUCACGAGUUCCAUGCUAAAUGUGUAGACAAGUGGCUGAAGGUGAGUGAGGACACACUUUUUAUUUGGACAAAACAAAUAAGGCAAAUCAGAUUUACAGCCAUUCCCAGGUUGCUUUGAUUCCAGCAGACAGAGACGAAUGUGUCUUUUUGUAUUUGUCUGUAGAGCUUGCUUGUAAAUAAUUAUGUUGGACAUAAAGUUUCAAUCGGUCUAAUCUUCUUGUCUUGUUCUAGGCUAACCGGACCUGCCCUAUCUGUCGAGCCGAUGCCUCUGAGGUCCAGCGGGACUCUGAGUGACCUCAGAUUAACACAGUCCCUGACUCCCUUUUGGAUGCACCAAUCAAUCUGUAAACUCACAUAAUCUGUCAUGUGAUGGGGACCACUCCUAAUGAAUCUUUAAUUAUUCAUCCCAUUGUCACCGAACUGGAACUCUCACCAGGAAACAGCAUUUAGGUGCGUCAAGACUUUCUACUCACUCCUGCUCAGUGUGUUACUGGACUUUUUAGGCCCUGUGUAUUUUAUUUUUUAAUUUUUUUACUCCUAUCCUGCCACCUAGUGAUGGUUACUAUGAAUGGCCUUUGAAACAACUCCAUCCAUUUCGAUGUUUUUCUUUUUUUAAUGUUAUUGUGAACCUUUUCUAAUUUACAUGACCUGUAAAAAAGAUCWAAACUUUUAACAGAAAGUGUAAUUCCAAAGAUCAUGAUGGAAACUUUACGAUUAUUCUAAUCAAGCUUUUAAACCUUGUCGUUGGGAGGUUUUUUAUUUUUAUUUUCUAUUUGACUGAUUAUUAAUUUAUAAUUUCUUAUAAUUCUUGAACUCGUCAGAGUCAAAGCGGUCUGUAGAAGGUGAAACAAAGAUACUGUUCAUUGUGUGGAAUGAUACACUUUUAUUCUCUUUAUAGAAAAGUGUGUUUCAGUGAGUUUGUGAGAUCAUUUGGUUUUGGCUGCUGUUUGUAGAAAAGUGUGUUAAAUGUGCUUUUUUAACUCGCCUCUCCUCCUACAGACUGGUUUGGACCCACGAGCUCAGAGUAACUUGUGACAUUUUUAGCCCAGUUUUAACUCAAAGAUGAAGCCCAAGGUCUUUCUUUUCCUUUAAAAAAACAUUAAACAUCAAUCUUUAAAUGAAGUUUUGAAUUGUGACCAUAUGGAUUUAUCAUUACCCACAGCUGACAUAAAAUUGUGUUGUUGUUUUUUUCUUUGACUAAGUUAUUUAAAAUGUGAUUGUGUCUUAUUUUUUUUUGCUUGCCCUCUGUGUAUGUUCUGUAGAUAUCAAUCUCCUCUUUUCUCCAUCACUUACAGGGAACAACCUUUAGAGACUUGGACGGUCUUAACUAGCUCUAGUAUGUUUCACUGGCGGAUUUGACACUUCAGCACUUUAAAUGAUAGAUUUUAAGACCCAGGCUGACUCUUUUCAUUCUGAGCAAACCACAGUUUUCAGUCUCAAAUUUCUACAGGAACACAGUGGAUCAUCACCAUUUCUUUUAUAUUCUUAUUGCUCACCAGAUUGCCCCCUAAUGGUUUUGGUCUCUGUAAAGUAGUUUUCACAUAAAACCCCUGGAGAUGUUUGAGACAGUUUGGUUGCAGUUUUUGACAAGAGUUUGCACAUCACCUUACCUGCUGACCUUCCAGAACAUCCAGGCAGGCUGGAUUUAAAAUGAGCAAAUCCUGCAGACAGUUGUGCUCACUAGGUAUUUUGUUUGAUCAUAAUAAAACUAAAUGAUUGCAGAAUGUGUGCUACAAAAGUGUCAGUAUCAUGUCGGCAUGUCCCAAUUCACAACCUAAUAUGAGAUAUUUAGAAACUUCUGGAACAACUGUAAAAAAUAAAAUAAACUAAAAUAGGCACUUAAAGUGGCUUGGACCUGAGGUGCCUUUUAUACGCCUGUGUCAGCUCCAGGUUCAACACUGAUCUCACCGUAAUCACCACUUUAGAGCAUCUACACCAGUAUAUUUGUCCAAAGCUGACUUUUGUUUUCCAGCAAGUGCAACCAAACAAAUGCAUCAGUGUAAAAAAAAAAAAAAAACCCUAUAAAAAUGUGUCCAUGUACAAAAUCAUGUAUCAGCCAUGGGAAUCAAUAGAAGAUGUAAUUUUUAGAGGUCAUUUUUUGUGAUUGUAUGCAUCCAUUUUGUGUUAUAGGAUUGUUUUCUCUCUUUUUUUGCCUUUUAUUUUGUUUUUUUCUUGGUACACUAGUUAUUACCUCAGUCCCAUUAUUUAUGUCUUCUGAGAGAAUGGCGAAACCGGUCUGAUUAGUGCUCUGGUUUUGCUGAUGUUUUUAUGCAGAUUGCUGGGUUGUUUGUACAUUUUCCUUCACUUUAUGAAACUGUAUUAUUAUGAUGGUGUCAUAGUAGUUUCAUUAUGUAUUAUAUCUGUAACCAAAAUCGUUUGAAGGCUUGUUACGAUGAGAAUGGAAAUUUUUAACAAACAUUUGUACAUUUUGUAUGAGAGUUACUUAUGGUAAUACUUUAUUAAGUAGUGCAAUGAUUUUUUUAAUCCCUUACCCCACCUUUUGGAUUUCAAAAGCUGGUUCGAUAAUAAAUAUAUAACGUUCUCUUUUAA